UCUCUGUCCUCUCACCAAGUCCUCCCCUCAUCUCCCUCCCUCCCUCCGGCUGGCUUUCUCCUGCUCCCUUUCUGGGAUCCUCCCUCUCCCGGUCUCACCCCUUCCCCAUCUCACCCAUCUCCCUUCCCCCUGCCUCAGGCCCGACUCCCCUGCCCCAUCCCUUCCUGCCCUGUCCCCUUUGUGUCCCCCCUCUCCAUCUCCCCUCUGGCUUUUUGUCUUUUCUCCACCUCUAACUCCCUUCAGUUCCAUCUCCCUGUCCCUUCCCCACUGCUCUCCUCCCUGCCCGAGGCCCGAGCCAUCAUGCUGACCCUGGUGGCUGGGGGGGUGGUGUUCCCCGGACUCUUCCUCCUCUCCAAGAACACGCUCCAGCGGUUGCCCCAGCUGCGCUGGGAGGAGGCCGACGCGGUCAUUGUCUCCGCCAGGCUGGUGUCCUCUGUCCAAGCCGUCAUGGCCUCCACAGCUGGCUACAUCGUCUCCACCUCCUGCAAGCACAUCAUCGAUGACCAACACUGGCUUUCCUCCGCCUACACACAGUUCGCAGUGCCCUACUUCAUCUACGACAUCUACGCCAUGUUUCUCUGCCACUGGCACAAGCACCAGGUCAAGGGGCACGGAGGGGACGAAGGAGAGGCCCGGGCCCCCGGCAGCACCUGGGCCGUGGCGCGCGGCUACCUGCACAAGGAGUUCCUCAUGGUGCUGCACCACGCCGUCAUGGUGCUGGUGUGCUUCCCGCUGUCGGUGGUGUGGCGUCAGGGCAAAGGCGACUACUUUCUAGGCUGCCUGCUGAUGGCCGAGGUCAGCACGCCCUUCGUCUGCCUGGGCAAGAUCCUCAUCCAGGUGAGUGGACCUGCGGGUGCAGGAGCCUGCGGGGCUGGGGGGCGCGGGGCGGGCAGGCGCCCCCAGGGACCGCCA